GGCGGCCCCGCACGCCGCCGGGAGGGGAGGAUCCGGCCGCCCGAGGCGCCUCUGCGCCUUGUUUAGCGGCAGCACAUAAUCCGACCAGCCGUCACUAUUAGGCGACUGCUGGAUGCCUCACCCAGUGCUGGGCGUUUGACAACUGGAAGCCCUUUGGCGGUCUGUGAAAUCCAGGCUCCCGACAGCUGGCUUCGUAGCUUAAAACGCUUCUGGGAACAAAACUCUGACUUCUGGGGCGCAGGCUGGGGUGAGGGGGUACGGACCCGAACCACAGUAUAUUUUCUCUCUCUUUUUUUUAAAAGCAACUUUAUUAAGCUAGAAUUCACAUAUUAUGGCGAGGUUUUGGAUAUAAUGUAGUUUUUUGUGUGUGUGUGACUUUUGUUAGUGAAAGGGUUUGAGGUCCUGACUUGGUUCUUCCUAAGUAUUUAUGGAAACUUUAAGUAAAAGGACUUUGUGUUCAAGAAAGGAAACCGAUAUUAACAAGAUGUAAUAAGGUGAAGCUGGACUGAAAACCAAGUCAAUGUAUGUUUAGUUUGUGCGGUUGGCCAGUUAGUUUUCUGUGCUUCUGGUUUUGUUCUGUGUGCUUUAGAAUGGUUAAGCCACAUCUAGCAAAGAAACAAUGUUUUCUUUCUUUGGUUGUGAUUUGGUUAGUUUCUUUCAUUUUUUAAAUUUCGAGGGGGGGGGAGGGGGAAAGAAAACGAAACAUCGAUUUGUUGUUCCUCUUAUUUAUGCAUCAUUGGUUGAUUCGUAUAUGUUCGUUCCCUGGCCAGCUAUCAAACCGUAGCCGUGGUGUAUUUGGGAGGACAGAAGCUCUAACCAAGUGAGCUGCCUGGCCAGGGCUGGUUGCUUUCUUUUCUUAAUGAACGGAGCUGCAUAAUUUGGGGGAAAACAUGAUGCCACAGUGGGUAGACUAAAGAACCUCUAGACAAUCUCAACUGUUGGAGAAUCUAAUCAGCAUGGUUUAAAGAAUGUUCUCUUUUAGGUGUUCCUCACUGCCAGCCGCUGCUGUUUCGGUUGUCUUCUUUUAAAAAGUGAAUUUCCGUUUUCAUUUAAAGAAGUACUUUAAUCCACUUGGUUGUAUGUAAAAAGUGUGUGAGUGUGUGUGUGUGUGUGUGUGUGUGUGUGUGUGUGUGUAUGUAUUUAGAACCUUUUCUCCCACAUUUGGCUUUCAUCUGGUUGAAACUAUUUUGCUACUUCCCUGGUUUACGGCAUAACCAUAGGGGAUUUCUCAAACUGCAUUUUUCUCCUUGUGACGUUGAGUUAUUAACUCCUGUCAUUCCAGAGAAAUGUUGUGUUAGAUUCUGGCAAGAUAUUCCUAAACUUAAAUGUAAAACUAACUAGUCAUUUAAUUUGCCCCAUCAUUAAGUUGUUUCUUUCCUAUAUUUAUGAUAUAUACAUAUAUUCAAAUUAUGCAUUGUUUCUUGUCCCAUCUUCUUACUUUUUUCCACUGUCAAUGAGGCGGCUGGAUUAUUCAUUUCCUGACAUUUUGCAUGUUUACUUUGUGUUCAACUCAUCCCAAGAGGUUAUGACAUAACAGUGGUCAGAAGUGGAAUGCUGUACUCACAGACUACAUUUUAAACUGAGCCCCAUAUGGGGGUUGGAAGGCAGCAGAGAGGACCCUUUCAAGGUGUUCGUGUGAAGAACUCGGUGAAGGAGCUUUUGCUGCACAUCCGAAGUCAUAAACAGAAGGCUUCUGGCCAAGCCACAGAUGAUUUUAAGACACAAGGUGUGAACAGAGAGCAAUUUACAGAGUUGACAAACACUGUGUCAUAUAGUGGGAAAAGGAAAGGACCCGAUUCGUUGUCUGAUGGACCAGCUUGUAAAAGGCCAGCUUUGCUGCAUACCCAGUUUUUGACACCACCUCAAACACCAACACCCGCAGAGAGCAUGGAAGAUGCUCACCACAACGAACCCAAACAAGACAGCAGUGCUGAUCUGCUUCAGAACAUUAUCAACAUCAAGAAUGAAUACAGCCCGGUUUCCCUGAAUACUGUCCAAGUGAGCUGGGUGAGCCCUGCGGUGGCCGCUCAGGGCUCUCCCCGAGAGCAGUGCCAGGACUUCCAUGGCGGGCAGAUCUUCAGUCCACCUCAGAAGUACCAGCCUUUGCAAGUCAGCAGCUCCCCACACAUGAUGGAUCAGGCUUCCAUGUACCAGUAUUCUCCUCAGAACCAGAACAUGCAGCCGCAGCCACAGCAGCAGCCACAGCACUAUACCCAGAACCCAACUCUGGAAUACAGUCCUUAUUCCAGAACUUCCCAGUCUCCCAACUAUGAGCCAAACUUCUUCAGUAACCAAGAACUACAGUUCUGCCCAAACCAAAGUUUUGCAUCCCUUUUAACCAGUCAUGGGGAAUGUGAGAAUGUUGCUGUUCCCGUUCAGACUUCCCCCAGUGUUCAGCAACAAAAUGACGCCCACCUGCAGAACUUCAGCAUGGUGCCGCACAGUGCCUGUGAGGCCAUGGCGGGGCACGAUGCAGGCUCUGUGCCUUUAAGCACCUCACUGCCGUUCCAGAACAUCCUCGGAAAUUCAAUGAACACCACGCAGUUAGGGAAGUCAUUUUUUCAGUGGCAAGUAGAGCAGGAAGAAAGCAAACUGGCAAAUAUCUCCCAAGAUCAAUUUCUUUCAAAGGAUGCAGAUGGUGACACGUUCCUCCAUAUUGCUGUUGCCCAAGGGCGAAGGGCACUUUCCUAUGUCCUUGCAAGAAAGAUGAAUGCACUUCACAUGCUGGAUAUAAAAGAGCACAAUGGACAGAGUGCCUUUCAGGUGGCGGUGGCUGCCAAUCAGCAUCUUAUUGUGCAGGAUCUGGUGAACCUUGGAGCUCAGGUGAACACCACCGACUGCUGGGGGAGAACCCCUCUGCAUGUCUGUGCUGAGAAGGGCCACUCCCAGGUGCUUCAGGCAAUUCAGAAGGGUGCGGUGAUGAGCAAUCAGUUUGUGGAUCUUGAGGCAACUAACUAUGAUGGCCUGACUCCUCUGCACUGUGCGGUCGUGGCCCAUAAUGCUGUGGUGCAUGAACUCCAGAGAAAUGAACAGCCACAUUCACCUGAAGUUCAGGAGCUUUUACUGAAGAAUAAGAGUCUGGUUGACACCAUUAAGUGUCUGAUUCAAAUGGGGGCAGCGGUGGAGGCUAAGGAUCGUAAAAGCGGCCGCACAGCCCUGCAUUUGGCAGCUGAGGAAGCAAAUCUGGAACUCAUUCGCCUCUUUUUGGAGCUGCCCAGUUGCCUGUCUUUCGUGAAUGCAAAGGCUUACAAUGGAAACACUGCCCUCCACGUUGCUGCCAGCCUGCAGUAUCGGGUGACGCAGUUGGACGCAGUCCGCCUGUUGAUGAGGAAGGGAGCAGACCCAAGUACUCGGAACUUGGAGAACGAGCAGCCAGUGCAUUUGGUUCCCGAUGGCCCUGUGGGAGAACAGAUCCGACGUAUCCUGAAGGGAAAGUCCAUUCAGCAGAGAGCUCCACCGUAUUAGCUCUAUUGACUUGGAGCCUGGUCGGCAACACUCACUGUCAGUUAGGCAGUCCUAAUGUAUCUGUAUAUAGACCAUUUGCCCUGUAUUGGCAAAUGUAAGUUGUUUCUAUGAAACAAAUAUAUUUAGUUCACUAUUAUAUAGUGGAUUAUAUUAAAAGAAAAGAAGAAAAAUAUUUAAUUCCUUUUGGCAGAUUUAAAUAUUUCAUACCCAGGUAUCUGGGAUUUAGACAUCUGAAUUUAAUAUGAAUGGUAAAAUUGAUUUCAAUUAAUAGUAGCUUUUGGUUAGGAAAUGACUUUGAUUUGUUGCAUAUGGCAUUGCUCAUGUAGCUCUUGCCAGUUUAAAAGCAGGUAAAUUGUAAACUUUCAUUUGGCCUGAUGGAAUAUCUGAUAGUUAUUGGUGUUGGAAAGUCUCUAGUCAUUGGACUAGGUGAAAGGUAUCAUAGUUACAAUUUGAUUUUUCAAACUGUAUAGAAUUGUUAUUUUCAUUUUUUUAAAUGUUUGUACAUAUUUGGUCAUGAACAUGGCCAUAUUUGAACUGUGUAAAUCAAUAAAGUAGAAAAGAAUAAGUGAGUUGUCACUAUUUUUAAAAAUUACACACAUUCAAAGGAGUUGUGUGAUCACCCAACCACUGUCUGUUUCUGUUGAUGAAGCAGAUGGAGAGUUGUUCCUCUAGCGGCUGGCAGAGCUCUGUUUGAAUUUUAAAUAUGCUUUUCCUCAUGCAUUGAGAUGAGACAUUACUUGUAGGGAAUUGCAUGUUCUUAAAGAGAACACUGUUUUAUGUCUCAAUUUCUAGAAUUUAUCAUUUUCUUGCUCUGUUGGGAAUUUUGUUUUAGCUUUAUAGGAUCAACAAAAAGUCAAUAUUGAAACGUGUCUUACUGGGUUUCCAUGUCCAAUGAUAAUGUGCCAUGAUGUUUUAUGUUACCAUUGAUUGAAAAAUCCUUUACUUUUUAGUGAUCUUGGUUCUAUUAAUAUUGUUUUGCUUACCUCUGGCAUACUCUGAGGAAUGUAUUCGGAUUUGAUUGCUCACUAAUUCAUUGUAUACAUUUGAUUUAGUAAAAUACUUUUUUUAAAAAUGAGAAGUUUCACAAGUAACUGACUAAUCAUCUUUGUGGCUUAAAUUCUUUAAAAAAAGAUAACCUUGAAUUAAUCACAUUGUUUGAUUUAGUAUGUCUUGUGGACAAAAGUUACAGUUAUUGGUAUCUGUGAAUAUGGCUAUGAUAUGAACCAGUCUACUUACACUCAUGGAGAACCUCUUGCAUGGUUUUAAAUAAACUUUAAUUCAAUAAUA